GGUGACCUGCAGAGCCGCCUGCCUGCCGUCCUACCUGGGAUGGAUGUAGAGGAGGCUUUCCAAGUUGUUGGCGAGUUUGGACCCUACCAGAAACGGGCAGUAGCUGUACUUGUACUAACACAGCUGUACAUGGCCUGUCAGUCCAUGCUGAUCGUUCUGGUCGGAGCAACACCAGAGUACAAGACCGAGCAGGAAGACGAUUCAUCCUCCAAUCAGGAGCGAGUUAUCUUUACAGGAGACAUCGACUCCAUAGUGACCGAAUGGUUUCUCAUCAAGCAGCAGGCUUAUAAAGUCAGCUUAGCAGGAUCGCUCUUCUUCGCUGGUCUCCUGGUGGGGAACAUAGUUUUUGGGCCGCUGUCUGACAGGAUCGGCAGGAGACCCGUCUACCUGACAGGUGAUUUAGAAAGUUUAAAAUAUGAAGUUAAAAUAAGAUUAUGACAUCUUAGAUUUAAAUAAGUCUGUUUAACAUGAUGUGACUUAAGAGAAGAAGCUUCAGUAAUGAGAGUUAAAUGCUUUCUGAUCCUCUUUGAUCUUCACUCUGCAGGCUGAGACUCGUUAAAGACAUAACAAUACCAAACUACUCCUCUC